AUGGGUCGUUUCUAUCGCUGUGCCGGGGAGGUCUUGUAUGACACACAACAAGACCCCAGGGGAGGACGCAAAUGUAAAGUAAACCUGCCACAGAGCUGCCAGGCCUGGAGCUUCCUCCAGAGUCUUCAGCCCUUGUCAACAGCUUAUCCGUCCUUCUGUCUGCGGGUCAAGUCUCUGGGUCCAGAAAGCAAAAUAGUUGCAGGCAUCGCUGGAAGUGCUAUAGAGGAAAACAGGGCCCCAGGACAUUGGAAUAACACAGUCGGUUACCAUAGCAACACGGGCAGGUGCUACAGUUCCCAUGAUUCAACAGCUAACACAGGAGGAGAAGUGAUUGGUCAAGGUGACAAGCUCUCAGUCGAGGUGUCAUACUUUGGGAAAAAGUCAUCAACUAUUUUUUUCUACAAAAAUGGCCUUCCUGUUGCUACCCGGUAUCUGUUUGAAACAGACCACAGUCAAUAUUUCCCCUGUCUCUUUCUGGAGAAAGGACCAAUAGAGUUGGAGGUGGUCUGGCUGGUACCUGCUGUGGAGAAACAACCUAUAACACAGACCGACGUUUCACACUGGAUCCGCUCACCAGCAACUAAAUUUGACCAAAAUGAAAACAUCUUCAUGUGUGCCAAGGACAAAGAUGUAGAGGGUUUUCUUCAGGGGACAGUCUCUCUGGGACCAGAUUUACCAUUUUAUGAUGUAAAAGUGGAGGAGUGCACAGCAGAAGGGGUGGGGCCAACAGUUGCCAUAGCAACUGUAAGUCCACUGAAGCCAACACCUCCAUGUGUUUUGCUGAGAGACUAUCUAAAGUGGGAACCCACCAACAGUGUGAAGACUGGAGAUCACAUAGGCUGGGGUGUCCAUUACUCCCCUGAGCGCAGGGACAGGCCUGACUUUGACCCCAGGGCUGAGCAGAUAGUCCUGUGUUAUGUGGUGAAGAACAGGGUGAUGCAGUGCUUCCAGAUGAUGCUUCAGCCAACAGGUGGCUUUUACCCCAUGGUGCUGCUCAGUCAAAAUGCAUCAAAGAUAAAGGUUGAGAAUGGGAAGACAGUAGAGGCGGGUUUACUGAAGGAACUUGACAAGAUUUACAGGGAUCUGCUAGCAGACAUUCGUGAUAUGCUGGAGACUGAUGCUGUCAACAAACGACUGACCUUACCCAUGCUGAGACUGUCUGAAGCUCUGGAGGUGGAUAUAACCCCUGAUAACUGUCAUGUGACUUUACCGAGUGCAGCCAGUGGCGUUCAUGCCGUGCAGUUCCUACAUCCAUUGACUAUAGACAGUUCGUACUUCUACAUAGAGGUCAACAAACUCAGUAAGUGUUACAGAACUUUUACGUUAAGGUCAAUAAAUUCAGAUAAUCUGAAAACCUUCUGA